CACUCUGCGACUCUGUACCCGAAACAGCUACCAAUAUGAAGGUUAUGCUCCUCGUCCUCCUUGGCCUGGCCGCCCUCGCCGCCGCCCGCCCCGAUGAGAUCCUUGACUUCGAGGGCGACGACGCCGAGCACGACCAGGAGGGCGAGCCAGGCAAGGCCGUCACGGGAGAGUACAAGUGGGAGAGCCCCGAGGGCAUCGAGUUCGUGGUGAAGUACAUCGCUGACGACAAGGGCUUCCGCGUCCUCGAGUCCAACGCCGUGCCCUCCGCCGGCGGCGUCCGCGCGGACGGCGAGCAGGCCGACCUCGAGGGGGACGAAGACGACGACGACGAAGACGAAGACGACAAGUAAAAUGAGAGAUAAUGAGCGACGUGAGAGAAUUGCCACGUGAACAAACAGAGGUGCAAUUAGCAUCAGUGUGGCGACCUGUAUCAUAUCACAUCUUAUGGAUUCGUAAUUUAUAUGUUGUACAUAUGUCUUGGCAUGUCUUGUAAAUAUACUUUCUCUGCUAACA